AUGAUAGAUCGCGAUUUACUAUAUCUUGCGCCGCACGCCACAAUUGGUGGCCUGUUUCUUCUUUCAGUCUUCCCAUACUAUAUAAAGGAGCAAACAAGGAUUAAACUACAAAUCGUCGCGCACACGGCUAUUGCUGUUAUCUUCUUCUUCGUCCCAGCUUACUUCCUCAAACCAACGAUCGUUGGAAAGUUCACACCCCUUCACGGAUUUUUGCAACGGUUUUGCUCCGCUGUUCAUUUUGGCCUGAGCUAUCAGCUUUGGAAAUGUCGAAACUACGGAAGACCAGAGCAAGCUAUGAUUUUUGCACGAUUAAUAACAUCGUUCAUCUUUUUAAUCGCUAAAGGAUUUGCUAUUUGGCAUUUGACGGAAAGAAAAUCAAAAGCUAUUCAAAUUACGGAUAAUUUUCUUUAUUGCACCCUUCUCACAGACGCAACAUGGUUCUUGAGUGAAUUUGUUCGAAUGUACCGAAACAAGAGAUGCAGACAAGAGGAAAUCGAUGCGAUGAUUAAGCGCACAACACUUUGGGUUGAUGGCAAGGGCAAAUUUUACUUCGAAAACGCGUUUUAUGUUGAUGCCGGGCUCACGCUGACCUACGCAAUUAUUCAUUUCGCGUUUCCGCAACACGUUCUCCAACUCAUCCUCAAAUCCGACAAUAAGCUCGACUCUCAUCAUUUUCUGUGGUGUCGCCUGUUCGGCGCGCUCAAUCUUAUUCCGGCUGUCACAUCAAUUACGGCCAAAUAUUUCACACCCGAAGUCCAGACCGCAUAUUUGUCGGGAAGAUUAAUUACGCAGAGCGUCGUAUUCCUUCUCAACAUUUAUGGGCAUUGGGUGUUGGCGGUGUAUUCAGCGAAUCAUAUCACAGCGUUUAUGAUCAGCGGAUUCUUCUCUUCGUUCCUCUUCUCAACAUUUCAUAAAACUUUCCGUAACUAUUUCGAAAACAAUUCGAAUGAAGAAGAAGAGGAAAUAGAACAAGACAUUGAUGAAAAGAAAGAACUGUAG